AUGCAGGUCAUCGGGCUGCACAGUUCAGAAACCCAGCGUCGCAGUGCUAUCGGCGUGGAGGUUGCCAGGUACAUGCCUGGAGAUGCCACCGCCUUCCAAAUGGCCGCAGAGGUCAUGUUUGACGUGGACAUGCUCAGCCGCGCUCAAGUGGUGGUUGGAACUUUGGCUUCUCAGGUCACUCGUGUUGGAUGCAGUAUCGGGUAUGCCAGGAGGAAGCUGCUCAAAGCGAUCGCUUUGGAUUUUGAGCUGUUGCAGAGCCAGAAGGAUCUGCAUAAGCAGUGGGGCGUCCGUGUGGAUGAUGUGCCGUGGUCGCCGCCGGCCUGCUAG